CCCACCAGAAGGCAGUCUCGCAACUAGGAAGCGUGAAAAAUGGUCGCAUCGAGUCCACAGCAAUACUUGUAGACAGUUGACUAUGCUAUGACCAAUACAUUAUUCAAGGGUGAAUGUUCAAAAGUGACAGUACAAAAGUGUAUGUCUAUUCUGCAGGAUUUAGAGGAUGUGAUCAAGAGGACCAGAGAGGCUGGAGUCAAAACACUUAUUUCUGUCACUGAAGAGCCCAGUGAGUUUGAAAGAGUUAUCCAGCUGUUUAAAAGCUACCCAGAUCUAGUUGCACCAUGUUUUGGAAUCCACCCAAUCCAAGGCUGUGGGUCCCAUGACCAGCGCAGCGUGAAGAUACAGGACUUGGAGCCUGCCUUGCCCUUGUUCCAGAAGUACAGAGAUGACAUUGUUGCAGUUGGAGAGAUUGGUCUUGACUUCACACCUUGGUAUGCCCCCACUUCUCAGGAGAGAGAGGAACAGUUAACUGUUUUCACCAAGCAAUUACAAAUAUCCAAGGAUCUGGAUUUGCCGGUGAACAUCCAUUCCCGAUCAGCUGCAAAGGUCACCAUAGCUACUCUGAAAGAACAGGGUAUCACUUGUGCUCUGCUGCACAACUUUGCAGGGAAACCAUCAGUGGCCAUGGAAGGAGUGCAGGCAGGGUACUUCUUCUCCUUCCCUCCAGCUGUCUGUAGGAAUGACCAGAAAGCCAAGCUGAUCAAACAGAUUCCAUUAGAACACAUCUGUCUGGAGACAGACUCUCCUGCCUUGGGACCAGAAAAACAUGUAAGGAAUGAACCCAAGAACAUAUCACUGGUCUGUGAGUACAUUGCUCAUGUCAAAGGAAUCACACCUCAAAUGGUAAUUCAUGCCACUACAGAUAAUGCCCUCAGAUUGUUCCCAAAAAUUAAGAGACUUGAGUGACACGUUUUGUAAUUAAAUUAAUGUUGUGUUAUCUCAUGCUGUGUUUCUGAAAAUGAAAUGGAAUUGUGAAAUAAAAUGAUCAAUCAACAA